AUGGCCACAGUCCAACCCGUGAUAAAUUGGAACCACUUUGCCGCUUACCUGGUACGAGCAGCCCAGACACCCAUCAUGUGCAUUGGGAAAAAAUUGGAACACCUACGGGACGACCUUUACAUGGUACCACGGGAGAGAAAAGACUGUGCAACCCUACUCAGAGAUGAGAGGAGCACAAGACAGAAGCAUAAUAACAUUACGCGGAAACGCAGGUUGGAUCUAAUGAGAGAAUUGGUACGCACCUAUGACGCAAGAAGUUUCAAUGAAUUAUACAAGAGACUGAGCGUCCAAGAUACUGAUGACAUCUAUGCGGAAUACGGCCCCACCUGGAAGGAGACUGCCGAACAUUCCAUUUCAAACUACUGCAAGGAAAUAAUCCUUGAACAGGAGACAAUGACCUUCGAGCAGAUCCUGAACAGCAACCACCACAGCCGGACCUGUCGACAUCCAGCUGACACCCGUCUAGGAGAGGAAUGGUUAGACCAGCUGAUACAAGUGAACAAUAUCAACAAGCGGGAACUACUAGUGUGCUUGACCUCCGUAAUGAAUAAACUGUGUACGAGGAAGAACGCAUUUGUAAUAGAAGGACCCACGACAACCGGCAAGACCUUGUUUGUCAAACUGGUCGCUGAAAAUUACGUGUAUGGAACUGUACAACGAUCUGGGGACCAUAGCCAGUUCUUCCUGAUGAACCUAUUGAACAAGACAUUGGCAUUGAUGGAAGAACCGAGGAUUACCCAACUCACGGUUAAUGAUUUCAAAGAAUUGUUGGGAGGAAACCCUUUUGAUAUACAUGUCAAACAUCAGAAGGAUGAACGGCUGGAACGCCUACCGGUACUCAUAACCACAAACAACCCUUUGACGUAUUAUGUGAUGGACGCGGACGGCAAAGCUAUUUUGGA